AUGGGUCCCCUCACCACCCCCAAAAAAGGAAGGGAAGCUGGAUCUGUUGACCCCUGGACCCCAACCUCAAACCUCAAAAUGCUCAUCAGUGCAGCUAGUCCAGACAUCAGGAACCGAGAGAAGGAGUUAUGCAUGGACAAUGAUGGACGGGAGGGUCUUGAAUCCUCACAGGUAUGUUAUCUCACAGCUCUAAUCUAGAUAGACACUCUUUGAUAAACUGUGGUGCUUCAGAACUAACAAUUUAUUUUGAAUAACCCCUCUAGGGAAGCGAGAAUGGAGAAGAGUCGGAGAAAAUGAUCAGCAGGAAAGAGAAGAGCCUGGGUUUGCUUUGUCACAAGUUCCUGGCCCGGUAUCCAGAUUUCCCAAACCCUGCACUCAACAAUGAUAUCUGCUUGGAUGAUGUGGCCACUGAGCUCAGUAUGUUUCAACUCUUCUUAUCUGUCUCAUAGUUUAGCCAAUGUAAUGCUGGUUAUCAGUCAUUUUGUAACACACUUGUAACAUCUAAAGUGGCAACUCAGGGUCAUUUCUAUUGUGACCGAUCAUACACAAUAAAGUUCUAUUUUAGGCUAUUGAGAAACUGAAUUUAUUUAAAAGAUAGGUUGUUCAUCACUUGUAUCCUUAAUACUUGUUAUACUAGCUCACACGUGGAUCUGAAGCAAUUUGUUUCAUCUGUUUUCCCGACAGAUGUAGAGCGCAGGCGGAUCUACGAUAUUAUGAACGUGCUGGAGAGUCUUCACAUGGUUAGCCGCUCGGCCAAGAACCGUUACUCAUGGCACGGCCGCACCAAGCUGGCCCAGACGCUGGCCAUCCUGAAGCAGGUGGGCGAUGAGCACAAGUACGGCCAGCAGAUGCAGCAGAUCAAGCAGCGUCUACUGGACCGGGAGUUUGACUAUGACGGGGAGGAGAAGGAGAAUGAGGAGAUGGUGGAGCUGGAGAACGGGGAGCAGGGACAGAAGGAACUUUUCUUCGUGGAGCUUCCAGGAGUCGAGUUCAAAGCAGGUGAGAAGCUGAGGUGUCAGAUUUUAGAGUAGUUUGUGUUUGGUCUUGAAUGGAAAUAUACAACCGGAUAGUUAAUAGAGAGACUCCAUUUUGAUUAUGUUUUGUACGGAAAUGAGUCAAAAGUACCUUCAAAUUCAGCCAUUGUCAAGCCCCUGAAUAUCUGAAAACUCGUUUUUCUCAUUUUAACUCUCAAAUACAUUUUAAUCAACCGUGCUGCAGCUUUGUGUAUAAAAACACAUAUUUCCUGUGUGAUUAUGGUCAAAUUAUCUGAUUAUUUUUAUUCCGUGUAUGUUGUGAACAGCCUCAGUCAACAGUCGGAAGGACAAGUCUCUGAGAGUGAUGAGCCAGAAGUUUGUCAUGCUCUUCCUGGUCUCCAAUCCUCGUGUGGUCAGUCUUGAUGUGGCUGCCAAAAUCCUGAUCGGGGAGGACCAGGGUGCUGAUCAAGACAAGAACAAGUUCAAAAGUGAGUAUUCAGUAUCAUCCUUUCAUUGUCUCCUUCAAGACAUGAUGCUGCUUUGUGAUUAAAGACAUACAGGAGACAGAUUUCUGUUACGAUUAGCAUUUUUGUGCCAAAACAAGCAAAAAAGCUUUGUCAAAAAGCUGUUGUACUAACAUCCAGUUUUUGCAAGUGUCAGAGCUAAGGUGUGUUUUUUUUAUUGUUAGAAAGCUCACAAGACACACAAGCAAAUCUACAGUUUAUCAAAACUACAUUAAAAAAUUAAAGUUCAUAUACAUACAUUACACUAAAAAGUCAGUCCAUGCACAUCAAUUCAAAACUGCUAAGGAAGUGUAUGUGGUCUUCGCAGCAGAAGUAAAUACAGUCAAAUGCACAGACUAGUUCUAAAUGCAUGUGCUGAGGCAUGUGGAUUACCCAUUAUAAUGUUUUCUCUGUUUAAAUUGAUUAAACUGUCUUUAUCCUCAUGUGCUUCUAGCCAAGGUGCGGCGGCUGUAUGACAUCGCUAAUGUGCUGCGGAGCCUGAAGCUCAUUGAGAAAGUUCACGUGACAGAAGAGAGGGGGAGGAAACCGGCCUUCGAGUGGGUCGGCCCAGAAGAAUUCACACAAGUCAAAGGUAAUGUUCAGGUAUUGGUUGGAUUUUAGUUUACAGUGAGAAUAAAUUUUGAGCUCAGGUAGUGAAAUUUAUAUCUAUAUUCUCUGUGCAAACUAAGGCUGUCACGAUAUCAGAAUAAAAAUAUUAUCCUGAGAUUUAUACAAAAGUUGAAGAACAUCUUUCAAAACAGUAAAGGGGAGGAAAUGCAUCAGAAACUUUAAUAAUUAAUGCAAUUAACUUAAUAAAUGGCAUCAUCAUCAUCAGAUUAGCAACAGGCAGUUUGUAAGACGUGUUACAGAGACAUUUUAAGAUGGACUUUAAAAGAGGCACCACAACUGUUUCAAAUCUCAUAGCUCAUUAAAAUAAAUUCAGACACAAACAUUUAGAGUUCAUCUCAGGCCUUCGCCUUUUUAAAUGUUUUGCACAGUAUCAUUUUUUAAAGCUAUGUUCUCUGUGAUAAUGCAACAUCCCUGCCAAAAGCAACUGUUGAAUUUCUAGUUUUGCAGGCUUUAUAUGAUGUUCUUGUUUCAGACUUGGAGGGCAUCACAUCAGAAUACCAAACCAAGAAGAAAACGGUUCUGGAGUCCCGUGCUUCCGUAGACAACUGUGCCAAAAACCUCUUCUCAUCACCCGGUGCUAAACGCAGCUUCACCCGGCACCCCUCCCUCAUUAAACUGGCCAAGAGCAUUCAGGACGACCGCCGCAAAAUCAACUCUGCCCCCACCAGUCCAGUGAAGAGCGCCCUCAGUGAGUUUCCUGCAGAGAUCUUUUGUUGUAGCGUGUGUCUUUGGGUGGAGUCGUAAAACCUUUUCUUCUGUUGUCCUCAGGCGAUUCAUCAAACACUGACAUCCCAAACAAAAUGGCCCAACUUGCUGCUAUUUGUCAGAUCGAGCUUGACCAGGAGUCUCCGUAAGUUUUGAUUUACAACCUUUACCAAAAAAAAAAAAACUUAAAUAUGCUUUAAUACAGUGAGAAAGUUGUGGGUUUUUUGGAGUGUUAAAAAGCGCCCUGCCUCCUCCCCCAGGCCUGGAGCUUCAGACCCAAAGCCUGCUCCUACUGCUGCUGCUACAAUGAAGCCUGAGGGGACCUCCUCUAGUCCAAUGAAACCACCUCAGGCUCAGUUACUAACUUCCCCUCUGGAGCCCGGAGUCAACACUACUGUCCACCUCACCCCCAACACCCCGCUGGGAGCUUUACCUGCCGGCUCUGUCGCUUACAUUCCUACUCGGUGCUCAUCCAUGAUCCCCGUCCUGUUGCCUCAGCAGCGAGGGAGCGGGCCCUUCGCCGUGUAUUUGCAAGCCCCCUCCCCCAGGCCAAACCCUCUGGCCAGGCCACAGCCGACCAGUCUCGCUGUGCGCUCCAUGACCUUUGAGGAUAAAACAGGGCAGAGUCCGACGGGUCAGUGUGCAGCCAAGAGCCAGCCAGCUUCCAGCAGAGCAGCAGAUGUUAGCCCGUUAACGCUCAAACGAGUGCGCUCAGAUUCAGCGUUAGAAAGCAGCCCCUCCAAAGCCAGGAGAAAAGACCCCAACUUUAAGGUAAAAAUAAAAAUAUACUCAUGUUACAGUCAGAUUUUUAUCAAAGGGAUGUUUUGUUGUAGAGUAUUUCUCACCCUUUUCUGUCUCUGUCUUUCAGGACACCUCCCCAAAGCUGUGUGAAAUCCUGCAGGCUCGUCUGAAGGCUCACCGCAGCUCCCAGCUCACGAGUCGGCCCUCACCUCGCGCCUUACACCUGGACCCAGAGUUUGUCAACACCCCAGGCGCUCCGGCAGCUUCUCAGACACUUGGGCAGAGCGUGGAAACUUUCCUGGACAGAGAAGACAAGACUGCAAACUCCGACAGCGAGGCGGGAUUAACACCUAUCAGGGCUGUGCCUCUCACACCGGGACAACUCCACACUGAGGUAAACAAAGACAUCACUACUUUGUUAUUCAAAUUAAUCCCACAGCAGUUUGUGUGACUUUUAUUUCUCUCUCUGUUUAGACUUUAGUACCAGCUGGUUACCUGAUUCCAAUUUCCCAGCAGUCCCUCAUUGGCUACAAGGAAAUGCAGAGUUCAGGGAGAGAAAACAACAAGGCCGCAACUCCAACUUACAACAUCUACCAUACACCGACAGCAGGUAUAUUUGUCAGGAAACUGUUCUGUCUAAAUGUUUUAUCUCCAUCAUCUCAUUUUAAAUCUCUUUUUGUUGUUUUUUAGUCCUUUCAUUUGAGGAUAAAGUUUAAAUAGAGCAGAAUUAGUAAAAACCUCUUUGGAAAUACGUUUUUGAGUCACUACUUAUUUUCUUUCCUUCAGGUUCCAGACCCACCCUAGCUCAGGAGAUGACACCCACCAACCUUCGUCUCCACAAACCCGCCGCUGUCGCCUCACCUCAGGCCAUCCAGCAGGCCCGCCGCCUCCAGAGCCCCAGCCCCGCCAUCAUCAAUUUCACCCUGCAGAACCUUGGUCUGAUCUCGAGUUCCAGCCCUGGAAACACCGCCGGCGACCCCCAGACUUCAGAGAGCGCCGACACUAUUACUAGCCCUCUCAGUCUGCCGCAGAGAGGGAUGGUUUUCAUCAAACCUGUGUCACCGCUGUCUGUCCAACAGCCUGCAACAGGGCAACCUCUGACUCUGAUCAGUCUGCAGCAGGUACUAAAUACACAAAAACACAGCCUGUGUUACGUGCUGACCUGAUUAGAAGAUGAGCUACUAACUUUUUAAUCAUCCAUCCUUCCAGCCUCUGAUGACCACCCCUAAAGGGACCGGGCUCCCCCAGACGAGCUUCUUCCACACCCCAGUCCCCCUCUCCCCUCUGGCUGCCAUGGUAACCACCAGUGGACACGUGGCCACCAAAACUGUUUACAUCCCUCAGAGGAAGCUUGACGUCACGCCUGAGGACUCCUGUAACCCCUGA